AUGGCCCUCCGCGUCCACCCCGCCUUGCCCCCGGGAACGCGCCCCUUGGCGAGUGUUACAGUAACUAGCGAACGUAAUAGAAUACCCUUGCCCCGCGCGCGCCUACUAUCCUCCGCCCACUCGCUAGCCGCCGCGUCCCCUUUCCGCACCGACUUCUGCGCCACUCCGCCAGGCGCAGCGCGCGCCCCCUCCCGCAGGCGGAGGGCGUGGCGCGCAGCUGCUGCAGCGGGCGCGGGCGAGGCGGAUGCGGGGACGUCCCCGCUGGUGACCGCUGCGGGCGAUGGCGCAGUGAGGGCGGGUGAGAGGCAAUGGCGCGGAAGGGGGGCGGGGGGGGGCGGCAUCCCACAUACCAAGGGCGCCUUCGACUCCCCGCGCCGGUUCGCUAAGAAGUUUGCUCGCACCACACUGCCUGGCCUUACAGCCCACUCCCCACCCUUCCCACUCCCCAUUCCCCCCUUUCCUCCUCUUCGGUCUCCGCCACACGUUCAGGCCUCUUUCGCUCACCUGAGUCAGGCGGAGUGGAGAGCGCGACGAGCGCCCACGGGCUGCCAGCGCCGUGUCAGCCACACGCUCGGGUCUCUUCCGCUCGCCAGACUCAGGAGGGGUGGAGAGUGCAACCAGCGCCCACGGACUACCCGCCCCAGCAGUGGCAGUGCGCAACCUGGUGGAGCAGGCGCAGUACGCACAGCUCUGCUCCAUCAUGCCAAUUCUGCCCCCUGCCGUUCCCCCCCUCCCAUUUCCCCCCUUCUCCCCACACCCCCUCCCAUUUCCCCCCUUCUCCCCACACCCCCUCCCAUUUCCCCCCUUCUCCCCACACCCCCUCCCGUCCCCUCUCUUCCAGUCUCCGCCACUCGCUCGGGCCUCUUCCGCUCGCCAGUCUCAGGCGGAGUAGAAAGCGCCACGAGCGCCCACGGGUUGCCAGCCCCGGCUGUAGCAGUGAGGAAUCUGGUGGAGCAGGCGCAGUACGCACAGCUCUGCUCCAUCAUGUCAAGGGGAAGGUGGGGAGGGGAACGGGGGCAGGGGGGGCAGGGAGUGGGAUGGAAGAGCGUGGGCAGUGGGCAGAGGAAGGGGAUAGGAGGGAAGGGCAGUCCGACCCGCGCUGCACCGCACCGUGGUGGUGCAGAUCGCACCUACCCCUGGUUGAGCGGCCUUGCCAACACCAACCUGCACCUGGGACCCACCUUUCUGAUCCCACCCACCUUUCCCUGCCAUUCCCUCCCCUCCCCAUUCCUCCCAGACCCGGUCUUCCUGCUCUCCCCUCUCGGCAUGCAUUCGCGCAACUUGCAAUCGGACCCGCGCUGCACCGUGGUGGUGCAGAUCCCCGGCUGGAGCGGUCUUGCCAAUGCCCGUGCCACCAUCUUUGGGGACCUCUACCCCCUGCCGCCCAGCCAGCAGAUCCCGGGGUGGAGUGGCCUUGCCAAUGCCCGCGCCACCAUCUUUGGCGACCUCUACCCCCUGCCGCCCAGCCAGCAGGAGUGGGCGCGGGGCUUCUAUGUGAAGCGGCACCAGCACGGGGCAGCGCAGCAAUGGGGCAACUUCCACUUUUACCGCAUGGAUACCAUCUGCGACAUCUACUUUGUGGGGGGCUUUGGCACGGUGGCGUGGAUAGAUGUGGCUGACGAUAUUUACUUUGUGGGCGGCUUUGGCACGGUGGCGUGGAUAGAUGUGGCUGAGUAUGUGGCUGCCACACCCGACACCGUGGCCACCAACCACGUGGAGCACACGCUGCAGGUGAUUACUGCUGAGGGCACUCAUUCUGUGCUCACAGUUACUGCUGAGGGCACUCAUUCUGUGCUCGCAGUUACUGCUGAGGGCACUCAUUCUGUGCUCACAGUUACUGCUGAGGGCACUCAUUCUGUGCUCACAGUUACUGCUGAGGGCACUCAUUCUGUGCUCACAGUUACUGCUGAGGGCACUCAUUCUGUGCUCACAGUUACUGCUGAGGGCACUCAUUCUGUGCUCACAGUUACUGCUGAGGGCACUCAUUCUGUGCUCACAGUUACUGCUGAGGGCGCUCAUUCUGUGCUCACAGUUACUGCUGAGGGCACUCAUUCUGUGCUCACAGUUACUGCUGAGGGCACUCAUUCUGUGCUUCCAGGUGAGGCUGAGAGGGAACAUACCGUUGUGAGACGGGGGCCCUCUGAGCUGGCGAGGUCGAGCCCCCAACAGGCCAUCGAUGACGCUUCCUCCCUCUCUCAAAUCAUAGUGGUCGAGCUCAACGACCGGCUGGGCGCCGAGCUGGGAGCAGUGCUGGCGGGGUCGAGCCCCCAGCAGGCCAUCGAUGACGCUUCCUCCCUUUCUCUAAUCAUAGGAGCUGAACGACUGGCUGGGGGUGGAACUGAGGGCGGUGCUGGCAGGGAACUCAACGACCGGCUGGGCGGGGAGCUGAGGGCGGUGCUGGCAGGGUCGAGCCCCCAGCAGGCCAUCGAUGAUGCUUCUUUCAUCAGCAUUGACAGCAAGGGGGUGGAUAUCCGCGUGCGACACGGCACACAGACCCCGUCCACUCAAUGCCAGCAACAGAGGCCACACACACUCGCACCCAUGCCCUCUCACUCCCCUCCCAAACACCCAAUCCACCCUCUGCAGUUCCACGUGCAGCGCCUCUCCUUCACCACAUCAGACGCAGUCGACUCACUGCCAGCAGCAGAGGCAGCCCUCCGCCGCAUCCUCGCCUGCCCCUCACUCGUGCUCCCCAAUGGCACCCCUCUGCUCUGA